CCCACGCGACAUUAGGGAUGAAAAUCCCUCGCCUGUACUAAUGAUCUGGCAUGGACGCCGAAUGAGGACGGAAACGACACCGUAUCGAGGAGAAAAAACAGGAAGAAUUCUUCUAUACCAUUUUUCUCAGGUCUUCUCACGUUUCUGUUACUUUCUCAUCGCGUUCAAGUCCUGAGGGAUUAUUCAGAAAAAUACCAAAGAUAGUGUGAGGUUAAGGCAAGCUGAUGAUGAAUGGAUAAAAAACGGCAUAUUGCGAUUUUUACUACUGCGAGUCUUCCAUGGAUGACUGGGACGGCCGUUAACCCUCUGUUUCGUGCUGCAUAUCUUGCGAAAGAUGGAGAAAGAAAAGUUACUUUGGUCAUUCCUUGGUUAUCUGUUCAACAGCAAAAACUAGUAUACCCUGGCAACAACACAUUUAGUUCACCUCAAGAUCAGGAAAGUUAUGUCCGACGGUGGCUCCAGGAAAGGAUAACGUUUACUUCUGAUUUUGUUAUACGUUUUUAUCCUGCAAAGUUUGCUGUAGAUAAAAGAAGCAUUCUUGCUGCUGGAGACAUUUCUGAAAUUAUCCCCGACGAAGAUGCGGAUAUUGCUGUCCUUGAGGAGCCUGAGCAUCUCACUUGGUUUCAUCAUGGGAAGAGAUGGAAAACUAAAUUCCGCCUUGUUAUAGGAAUUAUACACACCAAUUACCUGGAAUAUGUAAAGAGAGAGAACAAUGCACGGCUUAAAGCGUUUUUUCUUAAACAUUUAAAUACCUGGGUUGUUGGUAUCUAUUGCCACAAGGUAAUUAGGUUAUCCGCUGCCACACAGGAUUAUCCUAAUUCCAUUAUCUGCAAUGUUCAUGGAGUCAACCCCAAAUUCCUUGUGAUUGGCAAGAGAAAGAUAGAACAACAGCAAAGUGAGAAUCAGGCCUUCACUAAGGGUGCCUAUUACAUUGGGAAGAUGGUGUGGAGUAAAGGCUACAAGGAACUUCUUGAGCUACUUUGUGAUCACCAAAAGGAACUAGCUGGGCUUCAAGUGGAUUUAUAUGGCACUGGGGAGGACUCCAAUGAAGUUCAAGAAGCUGCUAACAAGUUAAAACUAAUGAUUAGAGUUCAUGCUGGGCGUGAUCAUGCUGACCCUGUAUUUCAUGAUUAUAAAGUCUUCCUGAAUCCAAGCACAACAGAUGUGGUUUGCACAACCACAGCUGAAGCAUUGGCCAUGGGAAAAAUUGUUGUCUGUGCUAAUCACCCCUCUAAUGACUUCUUCAAGCAGUUCCCAAAUUGCCGAACUUAUGAUGAUGGAAAUGGAUUUGUUGAGGCCACACUCCAGGCACUCACAGAAAAGCCCUCUCAACUCUCUGAAGCACAAAGGCAUGAACUAUCAUGGGAAGCUGCUACAGAACGGUUUUUGAGGGUUUCUGAAUUGGACCAGGCUUUUGUGAAUGAACUUUCAAAAAAUCCUUCGAAGGAAUUUGCAUCCACAUCAUUAAAUUUGACAAAAAACAUGGAGAAUGCUUCAGCAUAUGUACACUAUGUAUCUUCUGGGUCCGAGGCAGUGAGAAGAGUGUUUGGUGCAAUUCCAGCAAGCCUGCAACCAGAUGAAGAGCAAUGUAAGGAGCUUGGGUUAGCAAUUACUCCACAUACACGAGGCAUAUAAAGUUUAUCUUUAGAUAUGUUUCUGUAUUGAAAAAUGCUCUACAUGGAUUUCUACUUUUCUUUGGGAUGCGCCUGGUGCCUUGAUGGUUUCCUGGUUUUCCUCUGGCCAAAAACAGAAAACUGAAGAGGGGGAAUUGAAUUCUAAAGCCAGUUUGAUUGUAAUUUCUGUGCAGAUAGUCACGAUGGACCUAUUAAUUGUUAAAUAUUAAUGAAUGAUUAAUAACUAAUUAUGAUUUAAUUAUA